AUGUUCUGGUGCAAUAGGUUAAAUUGGCUCAAGUGUGAACAUAUCAAAUUGAUAAGAGCAGCAGAGCAGAUAAAUCUUUUAGAGGGAAAACUUCAACAAGCUGUGAAUGAAAAUGCAAAGCUUAAGGUGAAGCAGACUGAAGGUUCGAAGCUCUGGCAGGGAUUAGAUUCGAAACUCUCUUCAACAAAGACUUUAUGUGAUCAACUGACUGAAAGACUGCAGCAGCUAGCUAGUCAGACAGAACAAGCUGAGGAAGAUAAGAAGUUUUUUGAGGAGAUGCUUGGGAAGAAUUCCAAAGAUCUGGAUGAAUUCAACUGCCUGUUGCGUGAUUUAUCAACAAAACUGGAGGAUCUGGAACAAAAAAUAAUUUCAGGGCGACAGGAGAUGUUGCAGAUCAAACAAGAGAAAGAAGAGAUGGAUCGAAGUUACAAGGAACGACUGUAUUCAAAUGAUACUACGAUAAAGGAAAAAGAUUCCGUCAUCAAGCAGUUGGAGGGUUCAGUUGAUGAAAAUAAAUCCCGCUUGACAUGUCUUGACUCCUGCUUGCAAUGCAUGGAGCAAGAGCUGAAGCUAAAAGAUGAUGUUUGUAUCAGCCUGAAAGGAAACCUAGCAAGCAGUGAAAGUGAAAAGAACAGCUUGGAGCUUAUGAAUAAGGGACACAUUCUGGAAAUUGAAAAACUAUGCCAGGACAAUAAGAAUCUUAAGGAAUUGCUUAGCAGCUUCAUGGUUAAAGUAACUGAGCUAGAUAAAGAGCAUGCCUCUGUGUCAAGUCAUGUGUCUAGGCUGAUUUCUUCAUUUGAAAGGUUCUAUGAAAUGGCCCAAGAUGAGAAAAUGCUAAUGGCAAGACCUUAUAAGGAUAAAUUUGAACAUCUCCAAAGCCAGUAUGUAGAUUUGAUGUCAGAAAACAAUGCUCUGAAAACUGAAAUUGAAGAAUUGAAGUCCAGACUUGUAGAGUUGCAGAGAACUCAAGAAAUUGUUUUGGUUCAACAUGUUGAGGAACGGCAAGUGGCUGAAGAUAAGAUCAGAAGAAUAGAGUCUGAAGCUGAAGUUUCUGCCUCCAACAUCAAUCAGUUAGAAAAAUUAGCUUCUGAACUACAAGGGAGAAUUCAAAAGUUGCUAGAAGAUUCUACCCUUGCUGAAAAUCACAAGCAAGAGUUGCUUCAAAAGAUUUUGAAGCUAGAAUCAGAUAACCUGGAGCUUCGAGGCCAAGUGCAAUCCAUUAUGGAAGAGAAAUCUAAUAAUGCUGAAACUCUGCAAGGAGAGAUAACUAAGCGGGACCAGCAGGUUAAUACACUUGAGAAUCAGAUCAACCAGCUUUGCAGUGUUCUGGAUGAGAAGGAGCAACUCUAUCUUUGUUAUGUGGAAACAGAGAAGACUUUGGAGGACCAGAAAUUACAGGUCGAAGCAUCACUUUCUGCAACAGAGUGCCAACUUAGCGACGCAAAAAAACAGUAUGAUCUCAUGCUUGAAGGUGAAAAGAUAGAGCUAUCCAAGCAUCUGAAAGAGCUAUCUCUCAAAAAUGACCAGGCGAUCAAUGAAAUCCGUAAGAAAUAUGAACUUGUGAAGAUAGAAAUUACUAAUGCCGAAAAAGAAAAGGCAGAAAAGCUCAUAAGGGAAAUUGAAAACAAAUGCAACGAAAACAUAUCACAGAACAAGCAUGAUUAUGAGAGGUAUUUGAUUUGCCUGAAGAAGGAACAUGGCACGAUGGUGGCAAGAAUUCAGCAGGAUAAUGAGCAUAAACAGUCAACUCUCUGGGCUUAUCUCAAAGAAGAACUGCAGCGCAUUCAGUCUCAGGCUGAGAAUGAAUUGAAGGAGAAGCUGUCAUUGCUCAGGAAAGAGCAUGAAUUUCAAAUCAAGUCACUAAGGAUACAUCAUGAGGAAAAAUGCCAGAGGAUGCAGGAGGAACUGGAGCUUCAGAAGUCCAAGGAGGAGAAGCAAAGAGCACGAGUUGAUCAAGAAGUGAACUCUAAGAAGAAUGCUAAGCCUUGA